AUGAUGCCUCCUCGAGUGUUUCCAUUGCUCCUUUCUGAAGAUGUCACUAUCGACACUGUAGAUGAUGGAUGCUGGAGAUAUAAUCCCAUGCUUGAUAAUUCAACUUACUAUAAGUUGUUCACUACGCCAGAACCAAUGAGCGUUACAAACUGCAAAGCGAAUUUGAUGGCUGAAGUUCCACCUUACACCAUGUUCACUCUUUCUGGAGAAAACUGCUACUUGUCAAACUCUUCUUACUUGAAUGAAACGAUAUCUCCUCCGGAUGAGCAUUGUCAAGAGAAAUGUCCAAGCUCCACUACCGAAGUGUGUGGGAAAUCAGAUCGCCGUGCUAUACUAUACGGCUCUAACUUUGCUGAGUUUGACGCUAAUGAUUGUGAAGACAAUCUCACUCUAUGUAAUGCUGAUAGGGGACAAGGAAUAUGUGUAGACACGAAAGGUGGGCACAUAUGCAAAUGCGAUCCGUCCUAUUCAGGAACAGAGUGCCAGACAGCGAAAGUCGAUCCUUGUUUAAUCAAUCUUUGUUCUGCAAAUAGUAGAUGCGUUGCUGAUACAUCUUCUUUUACAUGGACUUACUCUUGUAAAUGUGACCCUGGUUACAGUGGUAAUUAUUGUCAAUAUGCAUCGGCAUGCAUUACCAAUCCCUGUCUGCAUGGUGGUACAUGUGUAGAUGGAACCAAUGGAGCCUAUACGUGUGAAUGUCUUCAGUACUACAGUGGAACAAAUUGUGAAACUACAAAUAAAUGCGAAUAUGCAAAUGACUGUGUAAAUGGGACUUGUGUACCUGUUAUUGAUCGUACUAUUCCGGGCAACACAUGCUCCUGCAUACCUGGUUAUACAGGAGUGCUUUGCGAUGAACUAAUUAACUACUGCACACCUGACCCAUGUCUGAAUGGAACCUGUACGCCUUUCUAUCUUGGUUAUAACUGCUCAUGUUACGUCGGUGUAACUGGAAAAAACUGCGACUUUACUAUGUGCUCUGUCGCUCUUACGAUCGUUUGGUCUCCUGACCGCGUGCACAUGCUCGAGGACCUGCUCAGCAACCCAUCUCAGAUCAAAGAUAUGGUCCCUUUCAUUGUUGGAUUACAAGAGGGUGACAGUCGUGAGAACAUCAGUUGGGAUUACGGCGAUUUAUUUCAUUGGGCCGCUUUCGAAGAGAAGCCCCUGGUUUUGGAGCGUGAUCUUUAUAAAUGGAACGAUGUUGUACUUGGAAACUGUUUCACAUUCAAUCAUAGACUCGGUUCGAUGGAUUACAUGAUGCGUUCAUCCGGUAUUCAAGGAGGACUACAAGUGUUUAUGAGUGUUGGAUCAAAUGAAUAUGCGCCAUGGUACGAUACAGCGUCAAUUUUGGUGUUUAUUCAUAACAAGUAUGAGUACGUGUUCUCCGAGUCAGUACGGUACAACGCACAACCCAAUGGAGAAACACUGAUUCAAGUCCGAGAUGUGAGAAGAUUACUUAUUACAUUACUUAUGAAACAGUCACUAGAGUAA